CCCCGCUUUGAGGAGCCCUGCUCACCUGAACGUGAACACUUCACCGAGGAAGUGCGUUUCCGACCACAGCCAUCAAUUCCCUCACAGCCAGAGGAGAGUUGUAUUCUGCAGGUGGAGUUCACUAAGCCCGAGGGCAGUGGGUUGGGCUUUGCGCUGAUGGGCGGAGCUAACGGGAGUGCGCUCAGAGUGAAGGAGAUCUGCAGUGGAGGCGCAGCCCAGCAGGACGGGAGGCUUAGAGUGGGGGAUAUACUGCUGGAGGUGAAUGGUGUGAUAGUGUCAGGUCUGAGUCACAGUAAGGUGGUGGACAUCCUGAGGACAGCAGAGGGCGUGGUGCAGCUCACCGUCUGCAGGGACUUCCUGUCUGUGGCCCCUCCCACCGAACAGUGGCACAGUCCGCCCCCAACAAGUACAGAUGGGAAUGAGUUGACUCCACUGGCAGAUCAGAAAGAGGAUCCACCAGAAAUGCCCCCCAUAUACUCACAGGAGGACAGCAGAAGCACUCCCCCUCCUCAGAGCUGUUGUCCAUCAGUGCGAGAUCUGCUUCCAGACAGCCCCAAGGAGCUGCCGUCUGCCUGGAGCAGCGAGGAAGAGGAUGAGGAAGAGGAAGGGUUCGUCCAGCCCUCAACAUUCAACAUACUGCCCCCUACAGGUCGCCCCAUCGUGUCAGAGGACGAGCUGUGCGCCCUGGCCAUCAUCAGCCCCUCUAAUACGGGAUGCUACUCGGGGUCAAGGGUCAAAACUCUCAUCCAGAUCCUGCAGCAUCAGGACCAGCAGGAACUCAUCAAGGAGUUUCUGGCUCUGGAGCAUAUGAAGCCAACAGAUAACUGUCUGGUUGGGAAAGCUCCAGAAAACCGUCAGAAGAACCGCUACAGAGACAUUCUACCCUAUGAUAAGACGCGUGUGCCCUUAGGGAAGCAGCAGGACUACAUCAAUGCCAGCUACAUCCGCUUGCAGGUGGGUCUGGAGGAGUUUUUCUACAUUUCAUGCCAGGCCCCGUUGCCCUCUACGGUAGAUGCCUUCUGGCAAAUGAUCUGGGAGAAUCGCUCUGACGUCAUCGCCAUGGCGACGCAGGAGGUGGAACGCGGCCGCGUCAAGUGCCACAAGUACUGGCCCGACCGCUUAGACGUUCCCAUGGAAACGGACCGCUACCAGCUGAUCCUGGACAACUACCAGCAGCUGGACUUCUUUCACAUCAACAUAAUCAAGAUGGUGGAGAAAGAGAGCGGUAGCUGUCACCUGGUCAGGCAGCUGUGUGUGUGUCGCUGGCCGGAUCACGGGCCGCCGGGCUCGUCGGAGCAGCUGGUCCGGUUCCUACGCUACAUGCGCGCGGUCCACAGCCGAGGACCAAUCACAGUCCACUGCAGCGCCGGCAUCGGACGCACCGGAGUCCUCAUCUGCACCGACGCCAUCAUCAGCCUCAUCCAGAACGACCUCGCCAUCAGUGUCAGUGACAUCGUCAAGGACAUGCGUUCUCAGCGCUAUGGCAUGAUUCAGACCAAGAGAUGA